AUGAAGCCAAACUUCUCCCUGCGACUGAGGGUCUUUAACUUCAACUGCUGGAGCAUUCCCUACCGCAGCAAACACCAGGUAGACCGCCUGCAGCGCCUGGGAGACUUUCUGAACGUUGAGAGUUUUGACCUGGCUCUACUGGAGGAGGUGUGGAGUGAGGAAGACUUCGAAUCCCUAAGGCAGAAGCUCUUGCCCACCUACCCAGCUGCACACUACUUUAGGAGCGGAAUCAUUGGCAGCGGCCUUUGCAUCUUCUCCAAACACCCAAUCCAGGAACUCACACAGCAUGUAUACACCCUCAAUGGCUACCCCUACAUGAUCCAUCAUGGCGACUGGUUCUGUGGGAAGGCUGUGGGGCUGCUGGUGUUCCAUGUCAGCGGACUGGUGUUCAAUGCCUACGUGACCCAUCUUCAUGCGGAGUACAACCGACAGAGGGACAUCUAUCUAGCACAUCGUGUGGCCCAAGCUUGGGAACUGGCCCAGUUCAUCCACCACACAUCCAAGAGGGCCGAUGUGGUUCUGCUGUGUGGGGACCUCAACAUGCACCCAAAAGACCUGGGCUGCCGCCUGCUGAAGGAGUUGACAGGGCUGCAGGAUGCCUAUCUUGAAACUCAGGACUUCAAGGGUUGUGAGGAUGGCUAUACAAUGGUGCCCCAGAACUGCUACGUCAGCCAGCAGGAGCUGGAGCCAUUUCCGUUGGGCGUCCGCAUUGACUAUGUGCUUUACAAGGCAGUUUCUGGCAUCUACAUUUCCUGUAAGACCCUCAAAACCACUACAGGCCAUGACCCUUAUGGUGGCACCCCCUUGUCUGACCACGAGGCUCUAAUGGCGACCCUGUGUGUGAGGCACAGCCCACCCCAGCACAGUCCCAGCCCUACCUGUGAACCAGCAGAGACGUCACCAUUGGUCACUGUGCUAAAGGAGGCCUGGACAGAGCUGGGCCUGGGCCUGGCUCAAGCUCGCUGGUGGAUGGCGUUUGCUAGCGGUGGGAUUGGUCUGGGGCUGCUGCUCCUGGUGGUGCUGUGUGUGCUGGUGGCUGGUGGGAAGACUGGGGACGUGACGCUGCUGCUCUUGAGCAUCAGUGUGGGACUGGUACUGGGGGCAGGCGCAGUCUAUUUCUUCCAUAGACAGGAAGUCAAAGGCUUAUGUAGGGCCCGAGCUGAGCUCCAGCAUAUGCUGGAAAGGGCCAGCAAAGCCCAGGACCAGGGCUUGAUGCCUUGGCCAGCCCAGCUCCUGAGGCAGCAGGAUGACAGAGCUGAAGAACAAUAA